CCAUGGGCCAUUCAGUGAUACUUCUAAUCACUUGAGAAUGAAAAUAACAACAAAACUUUCAAAGCUUACAGCUCUCUUGUUGUGUGACUGGCAUCAUACUCACAAAACCUGUUUAGGCAUGUAAUUUCAGACUGAAACUGAAAAAAGCUAUUUGCCCGCCCAGAGCCUCGUUGCUUUGCUCGUCACGGCAUUUUGGCUGAGUAUCACUGAACAAGUCUGGAGGCUCUGGUACCCAGAGUAUACAAAUAUUAGACAGCAGAAAAUGAGUGAACCAGAUUCUACUGAAUGGGUUGCAUGCAAAUGCAAGUCUGGAGAGAUACUGUUCUACCACAAUCCUAAGACAGGGGAACAUCUCUGGCCCAUUGAUAAACAAGAAAAUGUAACCAGCGAGGGCCUUGCAAUAAACUCCCAAGUUUUCCUUCCUGGUAUACAGGCUGAUAAUGGUCAUAAUGAUUGUUAUACAUGUAUUGAUGAUGCUGAUGAUGAUAAAGCAGCUAAAAAUGCCAUGACCACUAACGCAACAACGGCUAAAAAGAGAAAGAAAAGAUCCAAGUGGAUUGGGAGAAGACAAAAAGUCAAAAGACGUGCCAGAAAAGUCCCUUCUGGCUGUCAAGAAACUUCUAGCAGCAUAAUUAACGGAAAUGAUGAAGAAUUUGAUGAUGAAAACAUGCACUCAGAAACAAUCAUCACUGAAAACCAAACAAUCAAUGAAGAAACUUCUAGCAGCAUAAUUAACGGAAAUGACCAAGAACAUAAUGAAAGCAUGCACUCAGAAAUAAUUAUCAAUGAAAGCCAAACAAGCAAUGAUGACAGCCAUGAAAAACGUGAGGUUUCUACCAAUAACGACACUGAACUGAAGCAGGGAAAUGAUUCCUCAGAAAAAAUCUGCGCUAUUGAUGUGGAUAAAGUGCCCACUGAUGUGCAAUCUGACGUGAAAACAUAUAGAUCUACUGCUUGUGAAACCGAUAUAAACGGAGUUGAUUCCAUUAACCCUUUGAGCACGUUGCUCAACUGUGCUUUACUUGUAUCUACUGAAGUAAAUGCAGGAACGGCUGACCCAGGUGAUGCAGUCCUUAUUGUCAAGGGAGGAUUAAAGAACUUGGAAAAUAUCUUGAGGUCAUUGAAUUUGCCUAACACUUCUGCUUCUGUUGGCGUAUCUCGUAAAGUUAGCAAUGAAGUUAGCGUAUCUCGUAAAGUUAGUGCAGGGGAUCAUAGGAAAUCUACCGGCAAGAGAAAGAGGCUGGAGCAGAUGUACGAGGAUGACGACCAGGUGAAGGAUGACACCAUGUCAAUUCUAAUAGGCUCCGCUGAGGGUCAAAGUAAGCUUGAAAGCCUUUGUCUCAGCAAGCUUAAGGAAAGAAGUGGUUCAAAUGCUGAUGGCAAGGAUGACAAUUCUGGUUCUCUGAUCAAUUACAACCUGAGGACACCUGAGGAAGUGUGUUAUGGUGAGCCGGCUCCUGGUCAGCGGAGUGCUGCUGGUGCUGCUCAAAGUCAGCUCCUUGAAGCCCAAGCCCUAAAUAAUGAUGAUACCGCCCAAACAACUGAAUCCACGAGGGACAUACACAGUGAUAAUCAAAUGGGUAAAGACAAACUAGAAAAAAACAAGGAUGAUAACUCGGAAACAAGCAAUGCGAGGGGGAUUAUAAAUAAAGAAGUGACAAAACAAAAAUCGAGUGGAAGGCCUUAUUCUAGUCUAUUGUAUCAGAAAAGAAAAAUGCAGACCAAAUAUUGGUGUUUUGGGACAAAACCGCUUCAAAAUUCCUUCUCUCGCGUCAAACGUGAGAUGGAUGGGAACCCUGGACGAGAAAGGCAUCCUAGACGCCAAACUCUCAAGUUUGAAUCGUUUGCUCAACUUCUAGGAUCUUCAGAUGACGAGGAAGGUGAGAGAAGUGAACCUCGCGAUAAGAUUGACUCAUCGAGCAGGUUACAAAGUGGAAGCGAGGCUAUGGGUAAUGAAGACUGUACUACUAGUCAGGGCCUGUUAGAAGCGUCAGUCAACCACGAUCAUAGCUAUUAUUGUGCACCCUCUGGACCCACGUCCCAAACGACUUUUGGGCGUCAAGAUGAUACAGCUAACGAAGGGCCAUACUUUACUAGAACAAGAGCACUAAAGCAGUGCAACAUCAAGAAUUCUCUCCGAAAACAUAAACGAGAAGACGACACAGAAACUAAGCCAUUCCAAUGUCCACAUUGUGACUAUGCAUUCAGAGACAUCUACAAACUGCAAAGGCACCUAUCAGUUCACACCACUGAGAGGACGCACAAAUGCACUAAGUGUCCAGGGAGUUACAAGAGUCUGGAUGCUCUGCAAGGGCAUAUGCGAAGAAUGCACCAGGAUCCUUUCGAAUGCCCCUGCUGCAAUAAGGUGUUCUUGAAGCAAAGACAGUAUUCUCACCACCUGCGGACCCACACCGGUGAACAACCAUACCGGUGUGAUCAGUGUGAUAAGAAGUAUGACAGGGUAAGGAGCCUGACUCUACACAAGAUGAAGCACAGUGGACUAAGACCUCACAAGUGCACUGUGUGUGAACGUGGUUUCUACACUAGCGAUUCCCUUGCCAAUCACGUGCGCGUCCAUACUGGUGAGAAACCCUUUAAGUGUGAAUUCCCAGGAUGCUCCAGGGCCUUUGGUCGGAGGACGAAUAUGUGGAUUCACAGUAAGACGCAUUCCACUGUACGUCCGUUUAAGUGCUGGUGUGGCAAGCGCUUCAAGGCCAAGCAAUCUCUUAGGGUACACGAGAAAACGCAUUCUGAUGCGCGACCGUACGUGUGCGAAAAGUGCGGGAAGAGUUUUAAAAGGAGAAAUAGCUUGUACGUGCACUCGUUCACACACGAGGCGGGAAAUCACGAGUGCGAGUUCUGCAGCAAAGUGUUUAAUCGUGCCGAUAAGGUUAAGCAGCACAUGAGUAAGGUGCAUCGUCGCAAAAUUCUCCGUCGCCGGGUAAAUAAUGAAGCUUAAAUGCCAAGACUACUAAAACUAUAUUAACGGUUAAAAGGCACAAGUGUGUAUCAGGUACAUUUGUGAGUUAACUGUAAACGUGGAUAUGUUGUGAAUUGCGCGAAAAUAAAAAAAGACAUCGGGGAAAUGGAAAAGCAACCCCUUAUAAAUGUUUUGGACAAAACUUCGGAAUGGAACGCGAAAAUUGGUGCGCCACAUUCACCUUACAGUAUGUGGGAUGUGGUCAAACGUGCAAAAAUAGGCUGGGACGAUAUGACUAUCGACGGACACGUUCAAUUAAGGUUGACUAUAAGAAAACGGAAAAUGAUGAAUGCCAAACGCCACUGGUUAGGGAAAAGAAGUCUUGUACGAGGCCCUUGUAAUGAAUGAAACGCAUUUUCAAUACACUAAAACAUUGUUAUUGGCGAAAAUUUGUUUCAUUUUCCAUUUUCUUAUAGACAAACUUAAUUGAAAUAGGUGUAUAUAGAAUGGGAAAACAAUAGUGUGUUACAUCUGCCAUUUGCUCAAUCUCUGAAGAAAAAAAACAAAUUUCAGACGAGAGUUCACUAUGGCAUCACGCUAGCACGCUUAAGACUUCUUUGUAGAAUUGAGUGGAUUGCCCGUAGUGUGAAGCAGACCAAAGAAACUUUAUAGUCUUUGGUAUGAUACUUCUUUGGGGGCACAAGGCGUACAGCGUAAAAACGAAAGCAUCGCGAAAAUGAGGAACGAGGAAAAGAUGGGGGCCAAAAACGAUUAAAAUAUAUGGGUAGAUUUUCCAGGCUACUCCUCCUUUCUAUAUUUAAUCGUUCUUGGUUACCAAGAAUUAUACAACGCACUGAAUCCAGUGUUUUGUAAGCAAAAUAUUUUUUUUUACAGGAAUUCAAACGUAUAUUAUUUUUUUUUUCAUAGCGUGAAAUGUUUCUAAAGUAUUUCUGUUUCCAUUGUUUCUAUUAGAAACGUAAAUUAAGUUGUUAAAUAGCUUUUAAUAGUUUGGUUUGGAAUUCCACUGUUCCCGCUGUACAGAUACUAAUGAAGCAUAGAGAUAUGUGAGCGGGUUUCAGGCGAACCGAUCUUGGGUACCAGCGAGAUCACAACAUUUGCCUUGUUAUAUUCUAAACGUAAAAUUUUUCUCAACGCACCGAAUUGAUGCUUUCAGUGUGCAUAGUGGAAUCCAAAACUGUUCGCGCAUUCUUGAUCUCUAGGUUGUCAGGACAACCAGGGCACUGGUCGUACAAUACUACACUGUUAUCAGCGGAAAUCAUAAAAUAGCGUCCUUUUAGAAUGCAACUGCUAACAUGUGCUCUAUAUUUAUCGUACUAUAUUAAUAUUUAUUGUACUGACAAUCUAGCUCUAAGGGAGAGAUAUUUAAUAAACACUCCCUAAAGAUUAUUAUAAUAAAGUACGCUUUGCAAGUUUUGCA